AUGCAACCUCAAUUGAUACAGAAGACGGUAAGCCAUGCAUAAUCAGACAUAUACUAAGCGAUAAAAAAUGUUUUUUCGUAAUUCCUCUCAAGACUCAGAAUUUUUGUUUCGCCAAGCAAGCAUGCAUUCAGACCCACGAACCAUUGGCUGUGAUCGUGUUCAACAUGCUACACCACUGAUGGUGAUAGUUCAACAUGCUACACCACUGAUAGGUGCUAUGUGCCUCUGGCUUUAAUGUUAAGCCUUAAUUCAUUUAGUUUGCUUUGCCUUUGCUUUGUCUAACGCUCUUCAAAAUCUGAAGAAAUAUUAACAUCAAGAUUAGGAAAAUAAUAGAUUUCCACUUUAUUCUGUUUGCAAAUUUGACCUCAAUUGAUACGGAAGAAAGUACGGUUACAGAUUUUAAAAAAUCGUAUUAUUAGUUUUGAAAAAUAUACUGCAGCCGAAUGUACAUUAUUUCUAUUGUAAUGAUUUAGCAAAGAGUAUUGCAUAUAAUGCUCAGUUUUACUCUCGUUUUGGUCAUUUGGCCAGCCUUUUUUUUUGCUUUGGGUUCCGAUAUCUAGAUUUCUUACAAGCCCGUCUUCUCAGGAUCUGACCUUUUCUCUUCGAUAUCUUCUAAAAUGCUCUUUCUUGUUCUAAAAUGCUCUUUUUUGGUUUACUUCUAUACAUUUUUCCGAGCAGUUGUCUUUCUAAAACUGUUUUUAAUCGAAGCCAUGCCGUAUCUCAGAAUUUGACUCAACCGUCUCGUUUGUCCCUCUUUAAUUAAUAAUCCCUCUCAAUUAAGAUCUUUCUUUUGAUGUUGUUCUCAAUACUUCCUCAUUUGGCAUUUUGUCUGCGUCUUUAUUUGUCCUCCUGGCAGAGGGCCAGGUAUUAUAAAUGCUCAUUUUAAAAUGAUCUAUACUUCUCAUUCAGUAUUUGGCAUUAAAAAACUCAUUAAUAAUUCAUGAAGAAAACACAAAGAAAAAUCAUAAGCGUGUUGUAUCUGUAUAUGUGAUACAGAUUCAUGUUGAUUUACAUAAACUUUAACUUUAAUUUUCUCGGCUUAGACAACGUUUAUUUUUAAAAUUACUUCGCCAAUGAACUCAUAAGAUGAGUCGUUUUUUAAGUCGUUUAUUAUCUGAUACAACACGGCCGCUCAUGUUGUAAACAUUACUAACAUACUGUUCGUUCUUUUUUUUUAAUCAAGAGCUACAUUCUCCACAAGAGUUUGAUUCUGACAAUAAAACGUUUGCUUCAUGAAAACUAUAGAUAACUGCCGAUAAUGGACAGCUAGAUUAAUGUCAUCAGUGAGAUUGCUUUAACUCAGUGCAUAUUAAUAAUUAUGUGCAUAUAUGUUAUUUAUUACUAAGCGAAAAAAGUCUGAGAAAACUGCUGAGUACAUUUUUACUGAUUUUUAUUUCGAUUUGCAGAAGUUGAUAAAUUCCAUUCUCUGCAAAUGGACCAGCGCAAAUUGACUGACGUUAUAUUUGUAGUAUUUGAUAAUUGUAUAGUACUUUUAAAUUUAACUUACAGUAUCACUUCACUAUAUACAGCCUUUCUCAAACACUUCCAUGCAUAUCAUAUUCUGACUUUCUGUUUGUGUCUUGCUUAACCCGUGCACCUCUUUCAUCAAGAAAUAAACGUUCGUUGAUGAUAGAAUCUUAAACGCUCGGUACUAGUGUAGGUAGUAGUAGGUACUGAAGAAUACAACUACGGGCAGUUGUUGUUGUUUAUUUGGCGGGAGGGGGAGGACUAUUUUCCAGAAAUUGCCGAAUUUUACGUUCAUGAAAUUGUCCGAAGUAUAAAGUUUUGUCUUUAUCAUAAAAUUUCCCCCGCUGGCGACCUAGUAUAUUUCCUUCUUUCUUGAUGUUUUAAUACACCUAUUAUUACUUUCAAAUUUUUUUUUAAAUUUGCCCAACUCACUAAUAAUGACACAGGCGAUUAAAUUGCUAUAUUGUUUUGUACUGGAAAACGCAAUGCCUUAAUAACAAAAUAUCAAAUACUAGAAAUUUUAAACAAGAAUUGCUGUUGUACAUUUUUAAGACUUCUUUUCGUUCAAAGAACAAAGAGUUUUGUGCUGUAUAUGCACUUCAAAUGCAAUGUUUUUAUUUUUUGCAGCCAGCGAUCAAGUCGAAAGUGAAAUGUCGAAAAGGGGCUGAAAGAGAAGUAAGUGACGUCAGAAAUGAAAUAAAUUAACUCAUUUCUUUAGUCACUUUCAUCUAGAUGUUUUGAAAUCACACUACUGUGGACAAUACUCUGAUCCAGACAACUAACGUAAUGAAUUGAAAUUUCAUUUUUCUCCGGCCAGGAGCUUAUGUUUUUAUCAGCGCUUGUGUGUAUGUAUGCCUGUCAGCACUACAGCUUUAAAAACGUCAAAUGUUUCUAGUAUCAUAUAAAUUUAACUUCAUUUUUUCAAGCACUGAAUGAUGAGGUGAAGAUUGUUCGUGUCUGUUAUGCCUUACAUGUCCAGCUGAGCAACUGACGAUUCCCCUUAUUACGUUUUCGUAACGCUUUGCAUUGUGGUUAUACCGGUAUCACUGACAUUCAAGAUGGCUUAUUUUUUGUCCUGGCCCGUGUAAGAACAAUUUAAAAAGCUAGGGUCAGGCGCGCGAUAGCCAACAGCAAAAUAUUCGCGAAAACAUUCAGUAUUUUCAUUCGAGGACGCUAUCUUUAUCAGUGACACCACUAUAACCACAAUGCAAAGCGCUACAAAAACGUAAUAAGGGGAAUCUGCUAUUCCGUGGCUCGCCUGCGUUGCAAAUGGUCAACUUGCGAACGAAGGGAAAUAAUGCAGUCUGCCGGCUUUAAUCGCAUGCAGUUUGUAUACCGUUCGGCCCAAACAUACUACAUUAUACUUACGUGAACAAGCAUCGCCAUCAAAUCGAAAUAUUAAUAGUAGCUUGCAAUAGAACGCCUUGGUUUUUUUAAAGAUAAAACCUAUACCUAUACUGCAGAAACAAGUGCCGCUGAUUUUUACAACACCGUUAGAUAUAGCCACUUACCGAACCUUCUUACAACCUUGCAAGUAGAGGUCAAUUCUGACGGGUUUGCUAUUAAAUUGGAUUAGACGAGCAAAUUGAAAUGCGAAAUAUAGAAGCGAAAAUCGCAAGAAUUAGUCAGAUAUUAUAAAUCGCUUUUUUACGCAAAACUAAAUCUUAUACAUAGCAACCUUAAUUAAAGCCUACAGAUUGUCGAAACGAUGAAUGACAUACUGUAUAUAUAUGAAUGUCCGUUGCAUUUUUUGCGUUUAGAGGUCGAGGUUUUGCGGUUUUGAAUUUGACUUUGAAAGGACAAUUUCGAUUGGAUUAGCUAUAGAUAAGCCCGCGUGAAAUAUUUCAUUCACUUCUCUUAAUAUAGAAUUGGAUAGAGCACCCUUUUAAAUCAGAAUAUUUAGAAUGAAAAAAUAGACUAAAUUCUUUAACAAUCGAAUUGUUCCGUGUUUUACAAUUAAGCAAAUAUCUUCUCCAACAUAACUUGGAAUUGGAAUUUUCCACACCUGCCAACGAUUGUUUCUUUACGGCCAUUUUGUAUAUGAUAUAUAAAAAGCCAUUGAUACGCAAUACGUGUACUUCUCCACAAGUAACGGAAACAGUAUAAGAACUUGUUAUAACUUGCAAGUGCGGAAAAAUUGUUCUGUUUGUCUAAUAUUACCCCGAUUACCUUAAUUUCUGCAUAGUAAAUACACUACUCGCUCCUAGCUUUUAAAUCAAUGAUCUGAUGAGUUUCAUUUAUAGAAUAGAAUAAAAUAAAACUUUAUUUAUCCACGCUUCCCUCAUCAUCCGAAGAUGUUUUUCAUGAGGGGCGUCACACAAUUAAUUAUAUACAUAAAUAUCACUCUAAUAUAAAAGUAGUCUAAAAAGCUAAUAGUAAUUAAAAAAAUUCUAAAAUAGAACACACAUAUGCAUACAUUUAAAAAUUGAAUAUAUCAAGAAUAAUCGACGUCUGACUCAGUUGUUCCAUUGCAGGAUUUUGAACUUGGUUAAGGAUUCUUAGGUAGGCUGGUUAAGGUUAAGGAUUCUAAGGUAGGCUGUUCCUUAGUACAGCACCACUGUACACCGAAAACAUUUUUUUUUUAAUAUUCAGUAUUUGGCUCAAGAACUGAAAGAUUAGUACUAGGCAAUUCUAAAAUUGAAUUGUUUGUUUAUUGCUUAUAUAUUGACUUUAUUGACACUCCCCUAAAAGGGCUUUUCAGUGACAAGAAUACACAUACAUAUCAAUUAAUUACUAUAAUUAUACAUUGGAUCCUAAAUUUAUAUAAUAAGAUCACGAAAUUACUUUAUGGACAAACACGACACCAAUUCUUGACAACAACAUUAACAACAGCAACAAACAACAUACAUCAACAUCAUCAACAGCGACAGCAAAAACAACAACAUCAACAACAACAACAACAACAACAACAACAACAACAACAACAACAACAACAACAACAACAACAACAACAACAACAACAACAACAAAAACAACAACAACAAAAACAACAACAACAACAACAACAACAAACAACAACAUUAACAAACAGCAACAAACAACAUACAUCAACAUCAUCAACAUCAUCAACAAACAACAACAACAACAACAACAACAACAACAACAACAACAACAACAACAACAACAACAACAACAACAACAACAACAACAACAACAACAACAACAACAACAACAACAACAACAACAACAACAAGGACAAUAACGACGACAAUGACAACAACGCUUAUUGAUUAACAAAAGAUAAACAUGCCCUUAAUUAUCUAGAAAUUGCUGAAGCAGUUCCCGUUUCAAUUUAAUUUUAAAGCUUGGAAUAGAUUUGCAAGAGCUUGGAAUAGAUUUGGAAUUUUAAGGCUUGGAAUAGAUUUGCUUGGAUAGUUAUAGCCGACCUUUUAAUUAUUAAGAUUUGUUUCCCUUCUAAUAAAUUUAUCUUUUAGACUCGAACAGAUUGUAAAGUUUCAUUCGGUACAAACGGUUUAACUCUUUUAAUAAUUCCAAUACCUGAGCCGACUUUUUACAUAUUGAAUCGAUACGCUUUUUCCAACUCAUCUUUUCAUCGAGAUCUACUCCCAAACAUCGAAAUGAAGAACUCGGGUGACGGGAUUAUUAUUUUUCAUUACUUAGUCAUUGCCAACUUUGUUUGCGAAACUUGCUGAUGAUGCAUAUAUUUGAGCAUCAUCAGCAUACAUCUCUGGAGUUGUGUUUUGUAGACAUACUCUGGCAAAUAAUUUAUAUAUAAUAAAAAUAGGAGGGGUCCAAAAAUAGAUCCUUGUGGAACACCGCAUACAAUUUCCUUAGCGGAGAAUGUGUGCUCAUGAACAACACAAACUUGACUUCUUUUUGGAAAUAUGAUUGGAACCAUUGACCAUUGUAGUUCCAAAUUAUGAACUCCAAAAUUUUCUUGCAUUUUUCCUUUUCACGCCUGACAAAAAUGAAUGCCAAAGCUUCUUUAUUUCAAGAUGUAUUUUACUUCUUUAUUUCAUUGACGUGCUUCAACUUCUUUAAUUUUCAUCCCGUUUCUACAAAAUUUCCCAUAAACAUAGAACAUAUUAUUCUUACAAAUCGUAUAUUUUUGUUUUUCGAAUUGCUACAUUUUUGGUGGGAAAAUGACGUCACAAACUUAGCGCCAAAAAAUUAACCGCUUGCUAUUGGUUAUUUUAUGCACUAAUUCGGUAGACGACAUUGAGAGAGUCUUAAAACUGAAGUCUGUUUCGAAAUGCAACCAUUCCUUGUGAAGAUAUCAUGACUCAAUUAAAUUUCUAAAAAUCGGCCAUUUUCUUCUAUUUUUAGUAACAAAAUGGCCGAUUUUUCGACAUUUGUACCGCUAUAUCUUGGCGAGAAAUAGUCGUAUUUAGAAACAGAGGUCAGUUUUAUUACUCUCUCUCAAUGUCGUCUACCGAAUAAUUGCAUAAAAUUAACAAUAGCUAACUGUUAAUUUUUUAGCGGCAAGUUUGUGACGUCAUUUUACCCGCGAAAAAUGUAGCAAUUCGAAAAACCAAAAACAUACGAUUUGUAAGGAUGACAUGUUCUAUAUUUAUGGGAAAUUUUGUAGAAACAGUAAAAAAUUAAAGAAAUUGAAGCCCUUUGGCAUGCAUUUUUGUCAGGCGUGUUUGGGAUUUUGUGAUCAAUAGAGUCAAAGGCUUUCCUAAUAUCAACAGAAAUUAAUUCGGUUAGUUAAUUUUCAUUAUCUAUAUUCUCUAACCAAUUAUCACUCAUUUGGUUUAAUAAAGACAAUAUCGAAUGUUUGGGCAGUACCAGGAUUGAAAUCGGGAUAGUAGAGAAUUAUAUAUUAAGUAUUGAUAAAACAUUCCAAAUACUUCUUUCUCAAAUAGUUUGCUUAUAAUUGGAAGAAUAGAAAUCGGGCGAUACUUCUCACAAUUCUUUCUACCUUCUGAUUUAUAGCCAAUAUAGUUUACCCUGACAAUUUGUGGAAACGGCGAAACCCACCAGCGCCACCACAACCUCCUGCACCACCAGGACCGAGAGGGUAUCCCGGAUCUCGUGGUCCGGCCGGACGUCCUGGACCUCAAGGACCACCAGGACCGAGAGGGUACAAAGGAGACAGAGGGCAUCCCGGAACUCGUGGUUCAGUCGGACGUCCUGGACCUCAAGGACCACCAGGACCGAGAGGGUCCAAAGGAGACCGAGGGUAUCGAGGAUUAUCUGGCACAGGCGGACGUCCUGGACCUCCUGGACCACCAGGUAAAAACGUUGGAAAAUGUCUAUGCUGGGACAGUUGACAGCUAACUAAAACGUUCGGUUUAUUUAUUGUUUUGUUCAUAUGAGAAAGCACUGGCCCGCGCUUGAUCAAAUUUUUGCUCAGCAUUCCAAGAUAUAGUCGUCGGGAUAAGGAUAUCACGUGUGAGCACACCAGGCUCAGUAGCCAGCUUCCAAAAUUGAGUUAAAAAUAGUUUGGCAAUUUGUCAUGUAAUUUGACGAUUCUUUGAAACCGUUGUGCUUAUUUUGCACGAAAAAUAUCAAAUACGGUGCAAGAGCAAUGCAUGUCGAGCUAUGCAAUUAUUUUGUCUACGUUAAGUAAAACCAGAGUGGGUAGCGAAAUUAUGUUGGUAGUUUUUAGUUGUUGAAACAUUUAUAUUAUGAUAUUGCCAUGGCGAUUUUCAGUUUUGGCGGCAGUAAUAAUUAUAAAUACUUCUGUCUAAAUUGAAAUAGCAUUUUGGAAUUGUAGAUUUUAUAUUUGCUUGGCAAAAAGCGGGACGCUUCGUUGAUUACUCUAGUAUUUGGUAAGGAUAAUAGUGUUAAACUUAGAAGGCGCAAUAACAAUUUGAAUUACAGCCAGCGUGUUGUGCCCUCGUUGAAACAGUAAAGACAAAUCGAGUAUGAGGUCCAAAAGCUGGCUUUUCUGCACAGGGUCGUACAGUAGCUAGAACGCUAAUUGGGGGAGGGGGUUGUAUAUUCAUAUAUUCGUCUGCUGCCCGACAGAUUUCUUUUGAAAUGGAUUGUUUCUACGAUAUGUGAACAUGAAUAUAUGAAUAUACACACACCCAAUUAUCGUGUCUAGCUACGGCCCUGUUUCUGCAGUGGCGAAGAGGUCUUGCUAUGCAAAUUUUUAAUGAUUCACAUUAUUCAAAUAUUUGAAAAUGUGAUUGACUUUAACCUAUUUAGAUGCACAUUUGUUAGCAUUGCGUGACCAUUUGCCAUGGCCAGCUUCGCCACUGUUUUUCUGCUCCAAAUAGGGCCCGCCACACAGACUAUGUGAGUUAAUAAUCGCCGUGCAAGAUGCUCACAGCUGUUUUGCAAAAAAAUUCAUUAAGUGAUAUUUGUAACCGAUAAUCUUUGAAAAUUUUAUUAGAUGUAAAUUUUGUUAAUUAUUCUCGAUUUUCACAAGUGUUUUAUCACAUUACUUGCAGGCAAGCCAGGAGUUUCUUCAAAACCGAAUUGUCAAGUUGUUACUGGUAACGGGAUAGUAACCUGUCCCAGAAAUAAACGUGCAUUUGCUUGCAUAGCAACAUGUGGCGAUCGUGCUACUACUAAUGCGCGUACCUGUAUUUCUAAGUGCAGAAACGGCAAUGUUGAGGCAUUAUGCUGCUUGUAUAAUGUCGGUUAUCAUCUGAACGAAAACGCGCAUUUAAAGGACAGACCACUGGUAGAAAUAGAAAACCAACCUAAAGAUAGACUUUGCCUAGCUUAA